AUAUUCAUUACGUCAUUGACUCAAACUUCUCGCACAUGUAUUCAAAAUAAAAUUUAAGGUUAUGUUCUUUUAACAUGUGUCAAGCUUUACAUGAUUUUUAUAAUUUUGUGUCAAAAAGCAUAAUUUAACCAUAAAAAAUGAAGAAUAAAUCAACAAGGCACAAAGAUGAUAACACUUUUAAGUUUGUUCCUUUUUCUGAGCGAAUAAACAACGUUGAUAUAAACGUUUUUCAUCGAAUUGGACAUGAAAAUGAAGAAGAAACUGAUGAGAUUGGGUGUUAUUUUAAUCAGGCAAUUCAAAAGUGGAAUGUUUUGAAUUUAUCAGAACAUUAUGGAAAAUUUAAAAAAGAGGUUAAAGCACAUUUGAUUGUAACUUUACCUCAAUUGGUUCAUAAUAAAGAAAACAUUGUGGAGGUUUUGAUUAAAUAUUUAAAAGAAAAGAAUAUUUUGUCUCUUCAGCCGUUAUUAGAGUUAGUUGUUGCUUUAGCUCAAGAUUUACGAAAUGAUUUUUAUGAGUACUACCAAAAUUUCUUGGAUAUCAUAAUCAGUUUAUUAAAUACUAAAGAUGUGGAGCAAUUAGAAUGGACUUUUACAUGUUUAGCUUAUUUAUUUAAAAUUUUAUGGAGAAUUUUGUUGAAAAAUAUCAAUGUUACAUUUAAUACAUUAAUACCACUUUUGUCUGAUGAUAAACCUCAAUAUAUUAACAACUUUGCAGCUGAAUCUUUUGCUUUUGUCACUAGGAAGGUGAAAGAUAAAAAAGCGUUUUUAUUAUUAAUCAUUAAAAGCUUAAAACAUAACAAAGAUAGUGUCUUAGGAUGUGGAAAAUUACUUUUUGAGGUAAUUUCAACGGUACAAUCAUCAUUUCAUAGCAAUGCUGAUCAAUGGUUGCCCUGUUUUAUUGAAAUUUUGCAAGAAAAAUCUUUACCGAACGUUUGGUAUGAAGUUUUAGAAGAAGUUGUAAAAAAUAUUGUUGAAAAUAUUCGUCCAAAUAACAACCAAAUCUUUUGGGAAACUUUUAUUUGCGAAAUUGAUAAAUUUCUGUUAAUCAAUUCAGAAAAAUCAACACAAAAUUUAAAUUUCCUUUUAAAAUGCAUUGGAAUAGGAGUCGAAUUUAAAGGAGGAAUCUUUUUAAAAACUCCUUCAUUAUUAGUUCAAACUUUACUUAAAAUUCUCAAUUCUAAUAAUCUAAACGAAUCUGUAUUGAUGACAUCAAUUAAAAUAACUAUUUUAUUGUUGCUUUCAAAAAAUAUUAAACUCCAACAAGAAGAAUCUAGUUCUUUAAUCAGAUCAGUUUUGAGUUUAGACAACAAAAAAUUGUUACUUUAUUUUAUUGAAAACGUUUUCGAAUGUGCUUUAUUUGAAGCUUUAAUUCUACCAGCUUUUCUCAAAUUCACUGCCGAUUCCAAUUUAGAUAAAGAUUACUUAAAAGUUUUAACAAAAUUAAUUGUUAAAAAAUCGCCUUUAUGUGUUAAUGGAAUUAAUUUAAAUUCCUGGAUGAAAUAUAAUUUACGUUUUGGUUCUAAACAAGAAUUAAAUAAGAUUGAAGAAACAUUAUUUAAAAAAAUAACUUUAACACAAGGAUUUAAUGAAGAAGAAUAUAUUUAUUCUAUGAUUUGUUUACCACAUCUUUCUUUGGUGGAGAAUGUUGAUGUUUUAAUGGAUAAUAUAAAAGUAUUGAGUGCAAAAAUACAAGAAAAAGAUGAGAUUGAAAAGAAUUUGUUUUUGUUUGGACUUACAUUUGAAAGUUUGGUUCAUAUAAAAAAUGAUGAAAUAGAAAAGCUUCUUGAUAUUUUUAUGGGAAUUAUUUUACCACUAUCAAAUCAAUCGAAGAAUAUUAUUGCUUUGCAAAGUUUGGAUUUAUUUUUAACAGCUCUUGGCGAAGGUUAUUUAAACAAAGAAUUAUUGAAACAACUUAAUGUUUAUUUGGAAUUAAAUUUUUCAUCCCCUAUUCAUGAGGUCCGUUUAUACACAACUCACAUUUAUUCCCUUUUCGAUAAAUUCUUCACCUUUGAGAAUACAAUAGAAGACUGGAACGUAUUUUCUUUAUGCUACAACGUUGAAUCAAUUGAACCUUUAGUUCAUACAUAUCGUGAACAAUUAAUGCUGUUAGAAAAAUUAAAUUUUGACAAACCCCAAAUAAUAAUGUGCAAAGAAACGGAAUUCGUAACAAUCCCUUUAAGAUUUUUAUGCGGAAUUUUGUAUGUUAACUUUAAAUUGUUAUGGGAACCUGUUACAAAAAUAAUUUCAACUUAUGCUUUGGGUAUGGAAAUAAAUAAGUUUUGGAAUAUCUUUUCGGAGGAAUUAAAAGGUGUUUGUGAUAAAAUUAGAAAUAUGGAUGAGAAUUUAAUACUGGAUGAAAUUGUUAAUGAUGAAUUUUUAAAUAAUUUGUAUAAAAAUGUGAGCAAAAUUGAUAAAAAGGCUGAUUUUGCUAAUUAUCGAGUUUUGUUGUGGAAAUCUAUGCAACUUUUUCCUGAAAUUGCUGAAGCUAAAACAAGAGAUACUUCAGUUUUAUUGUUAAAUUUUAUUGAACAAGAAUAUACAAAUUCUAAUACAGAUACUGCUCUAACAUGGAACAUAAAACAAAAUGAAUUAAUGGAGGUCGAUAAUGAAGAUGAAAAUGAACAAAUAGAAUCGGAGGAAAAGAUUAAAAACGAAUUAAAAAUAUCUCCACCUUUACCAAAAGGAAAAACCAACUUAAAAACUUUACUUCAACAUCUUCUGGUGUUUUCAAAAGUACGCAGUCCAAAAUCAAUGUAUCGCGAACCGGAAUUAUACCGAUUAUAUUUUGAUUUUCUGUCCCACAAAAACCCCGACGUUCAAAAAGCAGCGUUAGACUGUUUAAUGACAUACAAAUUUAAAUACUUAACUCCAUAUUCCGAACAUUUAUACAAAUUAAUCGACGAGAAAAAUUUUAAAAACGAACUUGUGAUGUUUCGCAUCGAUCAAGAAUCUCCGCUGAUACAAAACGAGCAUAGAAAAGACUUGAUUCCGGUCGUUAUGAAAUUGGUUUUUAGUAAAAUGGUCGUAAAAACUGGUUUAAGAACCGGAGGGAAAAGUAAUGGUGGUCAACUGAGGAGGAAUUUGGUGUUUAGGUUUCUUGCUGGUUGUAAUGGGGAUGAAAUGAAAAGUUUUAUUAAAAUGACUUUUAAAUUUUACGAUAGAUUUUUGGGGGAUGAUUUGGAAAAUAUGGUUAAAAAAGUGAUUGGGGAAGUUAAUUUAGAAAAAUUUAUCCCUCCAAAAAGACUUCAAAGUUGUUUGAAUAUGAUUAAUGUUAUUUUAGAACAAUUUGGGGGAUUAAUGGAUACGGAUCUUUUGAGAUAUUUAUUAAAAUUGGUGUUUUUUAUUGGGUCUUUGUUGAGGGCUGCUCAAGAAAAUCACUCUCAAAUUCACGCCGGUUAUUUUGGGAUACUAAGAAAUUUGCGUGGAUCAUCUUUAAAGAUAAUUAAUCGAUUCUUUGAAUUAUUCGAUAUGUAUCCUUGGAAUGCCAAUGAAAUUAACGCUGUUUUCGAUGUUUUUAUUUGGCCCUAUUUAAAUAAAUUAACAAUUGAAGGUAUUCAUAGCCCGACUAAUUUAUUAAAAUUAUUGGCUUGUUGGGGAAGUAAUCCGAGAUAUUUUAAUUUACUUGUUAAGCACUCAAAAUUAAAUCCUGAAGAAUAUUCGUUGCCGGUUAUCACUAAAUUGUUGAUUAAUGAAAAAACGCAUCCUUCAGUUUCUAAUUUAAUCAUGGAAAUGAUUGAGAAAUUAUUGACGUUGCAACCAAACGAGGAUGAUUUAAACAAUAAAAUCCCCAUUGAAGAUGAAGUAAAAAUCAAAGAUGAUUUAUUAGAACAAUUAAAAGUCGAUGAAAAAUUAAAUUAUGGGAGUUGUAUUUUGCUACCACAUGUUACUUUAAUUUUGCAAAAAAUUAAACGUCGCCUUGAAAUCAAAUCGAAAACUAUCAACCAAAGAGAUUUGUUUAUUUUGAUGAGAUUAUCCGAAUUGGUGACUGAAUCCGAAAUUUGCGAUAAAUUACUUCAAUUACUUUUCCCCGUUAUUUUAAAGAAAUCUGUCGAUAAUACUACACCCGAAGAAACUUUAUUACAAAUGGUUUCAACGCUAAAUAAUUUAAUUUCAAAAGUUGAACAACCCGAAAAACAUCUCAAACAGCUUUCACCAUUAUUUAGCGAAGUUACUUAUCCAUCAUCGCGAAAGAUUUUGUGCAAAAUUUUAGACCAAAUUUCGAAUUCAUCAGAAAAAUAUAAAACGAUAACGGAAUUAAUAAAAUCUUUGAACGCUUGGGAUCAGAAAUGGGUUGAUCAACCCGAUUUCAAAACGAGAUCAGAAACUUUUAAAACUUUAUUAAACAUGAUUAAUGAGAAAUCGAUAAACAUCGAACUUGGAAUUUUAUUAAUCUACAAUAAUUUUUAUUAUCUUAAAAAUGUUAGUGAUAUUUCACUUAAAGAGCACGCAACUCAUUCUUUGAAAACUUUAAGCCCUUAUUUGGUGAAUACAACUUCAAAUUACUCAGAUCGUUUAUAUAUAUUGGAUGAAACACUUUUUAAUUUAAUUCGAUCAGGAUUAAAAAGUAAAAAUAAUGAUUACAGAAAUGAAUGCAUUUUAAUAUUGGGGUACUUAGCCAGAGAAUCACCGGAAGCUCACGUCGUUUUAAGAGAUUUAAAUAAAUUAACGAAUAAACAAGAUCUCGAAGUGGAUUUCUUUGAAAAUAUCACCCAUUUACAAACUCACCGACACGGAAGAGCUUUACAAAGGUUUUGUAAUGUAUUUAAAGAAUGCGAUUUAACGCCAAAUGUACGAACGAUGACGCAAUUUAUUUUACCAUUAACCACUUAUUAUUUAUGCAACGAAAAAUAUUCAGGUAAAAAUAGCGUUAUUGAUUCUUCAAUAGAAACGAUCGGGAUUAUAUCGAGAUUAUUACCUUGGCAACAAUAUGAAGGAUUACUCAAGUUUUAUUUAAACAAAUUAAAAAAAAAUCUUCAAUAUCAAAAACAAAUUGUGCGACUUAUUGUUAACGUCUUAGAUUCGUUUCAUUUCGAUUUAAAUAAAGGAUAUAUUCUCGAAAAUUCUAAAGAAGAUUUGAGGAAAAUUAAACAAAAUGAUGAAAAAAUGGAAAUUGACGAAAUUAAUAAUCUUAAAGAAGAUAAUAAAGGCGAUGUAGAUGUAGAUAUAGUUUUAAAUGAAGAUAAAGAUGAUGAAAUUGAUGAAGUAUUGGGGGAAAUCCCAGAAGAAGCUGAUAAAGAAAUUAAAGAAACUAACAUUGUUGUUAAACCCUACGAAAAAAUAACCGUUUUAUCUCCAUCAGCUGCCUUAAGGAUUAUUAAUACAAUAAAAAAUAUUUUACUUCCUCAAUUAAAUCGGUGCUUAGCUGAAAUGACGCAUCACGAAACAAGUCAUAAAGUUAAUAGGAAAAAAACGAGCAUGGAACGCGAAGAAGAAGAUUUAUUAAGAGUUCCUAUUUCGUUAGCUUUGGUGAAAUUAUUGCAAAAACUUCCAAAAACGAUUUUAGACGCAAAUAUAUCAGGAAUCCUUUUAAAACUAUGUACGUUCCUUAAAUCACAAUUAGAAAGUGUUAGAAGAGUAACAAGAGAAAGUUUACAAAAAAUAAUGUUAACUUUAGGACCAUCUUAUUUAAAAUUACUUUUUGAUGAAAUGGUUCCUUUAUUACCACGUGGUUUUCAAGUACACGUUUUGGUAUACACCGUUCACGCGGUUCUUUGUUGCAUGAAAGAUAUUUUUACUCCAGGCGAUGUAGAUAAAAUACUACCGGUUGUAAUUAAAUUAUGCAACACAGAUUUAUUUGGGGUAUUAUCAGAGGAAAAAGAGAUUAAAAAAAUCACAACCAAAGUUUCAGAAGCAAAGUCCUCAAAAAGUAUGGAUACAUUUAAAAUUCUCGCCCAGUUUAUCACCAAAGAUUCUUUAAGACAACUCGUUAACCCAAUAAAAGAUAUUUUAACCAAUACCCAUUCAUAUAAAAUCGUUAAUAAAAUACAAGAAGCUUUUAAGCAAAUUGCUUUGGGAUUAAUCGAUAAUAAAUACGUCGAAAUUGAUGCGAUGUUAAAGUUUAGUUUUGAUAUCGUUUUUGAGAGCACAUCCGAAAUAAAAGCGAGUGAAAUUCAGUCGAAAUUAUCCGAGAAAGAAAUUGAUCGGAUUCGGAGAGAAAAACCGGAUUGUUUUAUUAUACCAAAAGAACCCGUUUAUAAAUCGGGAUAUCGGACAACUACGCUAAAAGCUUCAAAUAUGACUAAUAUACAUGUUAUGGUUGAGUUUGGAUUGAAAAUUUGUUACUUUUUAUUGAAACGGGAUAUUUUAAAAGGAAACGUUGAAGAUCGGAGAGUUUUGGAUGAUUUUGUACCGAUUAUGAAGGAAUGUUUGGAAUCUAAAAAUAUCAAGUUAACAAUAGUUACUCUACAAUGUCUUCCAUGGAUUUUUAAACACGACCUUCCUUCUUUACAUGAUAAUAUUGAGAGUAUUACGGAAAUAAUAUUUAAAAUUUUGCAUAAAUAUGCAGCCUCUGGAUUAAGUAAAGGAGAUAAUUUUGAUUUGGUUGUUGCAUCUUUCAAGGCUGUAACUGUUUUGGUUAGAGAUUUAAAAUUCCAUGUAAUAAAACCAGAACAAUUAAAAAUCUUGUUACUUUACAUUGAGCAAGAUUUACAUGAUUACGAUCGGCAAGCAACAGCUUAUGGGCUCUUAAAAGCUCUUUUAUCCAGGAAGUUUUCAUCCCCAGAAAUUUAUGAUAUCAUGAAAAAAGUUAUGGAGUUGAGUAUAACAUCGGAGUUACCACACAUAAGAUCUCAAUCGCGUUCAGUAGCACAACAAUUUAUGUUAGAUUACCCGAUUGGAAAAAAAUUAGAUACUUAUCUAAGCUUUUAUUUGUCACAACUUAAAUUUGAAUUACAAACAGGACGCGAAUCUGCGAUUGAAAUGAUUCAAAAUUUAAUCACAUCACUUCCAAUAAAUACUCUUAAAGAAAACAGUGGAACAUUUUUUAUAACGUUAGGUGCAAGAUUAGUAAACGAUCCCCAACCAACUUGUCGUAAAAUGAUCGGCGAGUGUCUUCAAACUAUGUUAAAAAUUUUACCAAAAAGUGAUCGUGACCCCCUUUUUGAUAUUCUUAUUUUAUGGCUAAACGAUAAUAUCAUAAGCCAUCGACGUUUAUCGGCUCAAAUUUGUGGCAUUUUCGUCCAAAUAGAAAAAGCCCAAUUUGAAUCAAGAUUAGAUGCUUUAUUACCGUUAGUUAUAACCCAAUUUGAAAGUAAUUCAACUUCGAGCGCUGGGCGAUUUGUGAAGUUAAAAAAAGAAACUGAAGAUAAUGAUGAGGAAGAAUCGGAACGCUUACAAGAUCAUUUCUUAUUCCAACUUUUACAAAUGUUGCUUAAAAUCUGCAACAAUUGUCCUGGAUUUUUUAAAAGACUCGAUGAUAUCGAAAAUAUCUCAAAUCACGUUCAAGUUCUUUUAGCGUAUCCUCAUGAAUGGGUUCGAUUGGCCUCAGCCCAAUUUUUGGGUUUUGUGCUUAACUCAAUAGAGGUUGAUAAAUUAUCAUUAUUAAUGAUUGAAAAUAAAACUAGUCCAGGUUAUUUAUAUUCGGAUCCAAUAAAUUGUUUAAAAUCGUUAACUUUAGAUCUUUGUGAUCAAUUACAACCAAAUUCAAUAAAAAACGAUCUCGCUGAACAAGUCGUUAAAAAUCUAAUAUUCAUCGCGAGAGUUUUAGAUAAAAUUUCUGGAAAAAAUCUCGAACUCAAUUUAACCUGGUUAACAAAACGAAUGCGAAAAAUUGUUUAUCGAGAAAUCAUAGAGGCCGUUACAAGUACAACUUUGAGGAUGGAAAUUUUUAAGUGGAUCGCAGGAGUAGCGAUAGCUUUAAGCGACGAAUCAGUUCUGGAAAAUGUUCAUCACUUAAUGGCACCUUUGGUGCGGGAAAUGGUGACGACGGACGAAAAAGAAGCUCCUCUUCGUCAACUUUCCAAAGAAGUUGGAGGGAUUAUUAAGAAAAAAAUUGGUGUGGAGAAAUAUACAGAGGUAUUAGCUAAAGUUCAACAGCAAUUAUCUGUUAAGAGGGCUGAAAGAAAACGUACAAGAACUCAAUUAGCUGUGACUGACCCCGAAUUAUAUGCUAAGAAAAAGAUUAAACAUCAUGAAAAGAAAAAGGAAACUAGGAAAAGGAAAAUUAGUCAAAGAAAGGGGGUUAAAAGGAAAUUUAGGAAGAAAGAAACUAUUGAUUUGGAUUCUUCUGAAAUUUUGUGAUAGCUAAUUUUUUAUGUAUUAUUAAGGAUAACUAAGUUUUUUGAUUUGAUAAAUAAAUUAUUAUCAUUGCAA